AUGGAGGACGUGAGUACUCUUAUUCUGAACAACCCAUAUCGCGACUUCAAAGCGGAGGACGUCUUACAAUCAUUGAGGAGUGAUGUCUCGAAAAGCAAAAUUUCUGCACUGACGAAAAUCAUCACAGCGGAACUGAAUGGUGACCACCAUCCCGAAUUGCUGAUGGAAGUGAUUCGAAUGGCUAUGCCAUGCCCGGAACACCAGAUUAAACGACUUGUCCUCAUCUAUUUGGAAUCGAUUCAAAAGACGGAAAAUGGCCAAUUGAAACCGGAACUGAUUUUGGCCAUCAACGGUCUUUUACAGGACUUAAACCACCCGAAUGAAUAUAUCAGAGGCGUCACUUUGAAGUUUCUGUGUCAUGUGAGUGAACGUGGCAUUUUACAACCAUUGGUCAACGCCGUUGUCGACAAUAUGACACACAAACACGUCUAUGUGAGAAAGGCGGCUGCGAAUGAAGAAAAGGACUCGUCGGCGCGCGUGUGCAUCUUCUCCGUAUUGACACAAACCCUCCCGGAAUUUGCACUGAAGUUCUUGGUCUCGAUUGCACAACAAAUCACAACAUUCUCCGAACUGUUUGUGAUGACGGUGCUGAAGUUCAUUCGACUCAUUCAGAAGUCGACGCCAGCUUAUAAAGGAAAGUACACUGAAAUACUCUCAGCGCUAUUAACGGGGUCGUCUGAUAUGGUGAGAUAUGAAGCUGCGAGUUUGUUCCCUAUGGUCACCGGGAAUGCUCACGCUGUUGUUAAAAGUGUUGAAACACUUGUGGACGUCAUUUGCGCGACUUCUGAUGUGAACGUGAAGAUCACGGGAGUCCAACGAAUUAAGCAGAUUGCGAAUAAAUACAAAAAGGUGGUGAAAGGGAAUUGCGUUGCUCAGUUAUUACGGAUGCUCACAAUCAACGCCGUUAGAGGCGACGUUCUUUCGAUGGUGAUUGGGAUGAUUGCACCACGGAAUGCGGGAGAGAUUGCGUCUGCAUUGAAGAAAGAGUCUGUGAGAGAGAACAACGAGUAUGUUAUCAACGUUAUCUCUGCAUUAAAGAAGUGCAAAGAAGUCAACGAGAAUAUUGAAAUUGAUGAAGUCAUGUUUGAGGCGUUAAAAGAGCCAGAAUUGGCGAAAGAAGUACUUGGGUAUAUUGAGACGAGACUCAGAGGUGCAAACAAGAAAAGCACAAUUGAGAAGUUGCUUGAAUUGAUUUCUGAGGUGAAAGAAAGCAAGACGAUGAGAAGUGUAAUUUGGAUGAUCUGCGAGUAUGCGGAAGACAAGGAAAAUGUGCUUGAAACGUUGAAGGAGUUGAUCGUCGAGAAGAAAGUAGAGGAGCAGUUUGUUGAACAGACUCAAGAAACAGAACCACAAAUUGAAGAGAAAAAGGCGACAAACAGCUCAACAAGUGUCAUUCUCGCUGAUGGAUCAUAUGGAAGUGCAACAAGUAAUAUAACUGAAACUCAAGAACAACUGGUCAACGAAUUUUCUAUUUCAGGAUUGAAAGAGUUGGUCAACCAAUUGGAUGGGAUGGUCAUUUCUGUGAUUGCUGGUGGGGUCAUCAAAUUGGUAUUAAAAACUACGGGAGCGACUGGAAACAAAAUGCGUGCUAAAGCAUUGCAGAUCAUUAUCGAGAUAUUGAAAGUGGAGAAGCAGAGUUCUAAAAAGCUCCCAGAAGAUGUGAGAGAACGCGUUAAGUUGGCGAUUGGAAUUCUGAGUGGGAAGGGGGAGAAUGUUGUUGAGAUGAGCGAAAAGAUCGAGAAGGAAAUUACGGCCGAGAUGCAGAACAAAACCAAGAUCAGUGAUAAGACGGAAACCACACAAAUUGAUGAGAAAAUUAGAUACGAAUUGUUCAGUACGAAUGACGAUGAGGAAGUGGAAGACGUCACUUCAAGAAUCGAACAGAUCAAAGAAAGUCGUAAACUCGAGCGAUUGAAUAACAUUGUCCAACUCACUGGAUACUCGGACCCAUUUUAUAUCGAAGCUGUUGUUACCGUGACACACUUUGAUAUCACGUUGGACUGUUUGGUUAUUAAUCAGACUCCUUCCACGUUACAAAACAUUAACAUUGAAUUAAUCCCACACGGUGGUAUGUCUGUCAAAACAAAGCCUGCCCCAGUCACUUUGGGUCCGGGCGACUUUGUGAGAGUGACACUCGGGGUUAAGGUUGACGCGACAACGGUUGGUGUUAUCAGUGGGUAUGUUAACUACGACAUCUCAGACAAAAACGUUACACAUCACGCACUCGAUGCCAACCUCAUUUUGAAUGAGCUCAGGAUCGAGUACCUUGACCAGAUGACUCCCUGCCCCUGCGAUAGAGAAGUCUAUCAGAAAAAGUGGAUGGAGUACGAGUGGGAAAACAAAAUCCCAAUCGACACCGAGCUCACAGACCUAAAGGAGUACGCGUUCCUUGUCAGCUCGAUCGCAAAACUCCAAUGCAUCACACCAACCGUCAUGUUUUGCGACUCAAUCGGCUUCUUGUCUGCAAAUUUCUAUGCAAAGAAUUUGUUCGACGAGGACGCGCUUGUCAACAUCUCUGCUGAAGCGGUAAAUGGUAAAAUAUCUGGGUGGAUCAGGAUUAGAAGCAAAACACAAUCACUUGCGAUCAACCUUGGCGAUCGUAUUGUCGCGAACCAAAAGAAGGUUGCUCCAAAGUAA